CUCACACCGGCUCCACCAGUACCAGGACCAUCAGCAGCUACAGAAGCUCACCAGAGACCACCUCAACACCUCACCUCCAGAGCCCAAUCCAGCCCAAUGGAGUACCAGACCAAGAGCAGCGCAGAGAUGAACGGCAUGUGCAACAGCAAGCUGGUCACCGAGUACCUGUGCCACAACGGCUUCAGCGAGCUGAGCAUCGAGUCCAAGAAGCUGCCCGUCCAGGACCAGAGCGAGAGCUCCCGCAAGAAGGCGGAGGACGAGUCGCGGCUGCCGGCGCUGGAAGCCGCCUACACCACCAUCCUGCGCGGCCUGGGAGAGAACACCGAGCGCCAGGGGCUCCUCAGGACACCGCUGCGCGCGGCCAAGGCCAUGCAGUUCCUCACCAAGGGCUACCACGAGACCAUUUACGAUAUCCUUAAUGAUGCCAUCUUCGACGAGGACCACGAUGAGAUGGUUAUAGUGAAGGACAUAGACAUGUUCUCACUGUGUGAACAUCAUCUAGUUCCCUUCUUCGGCAAGGUUCACAUAGGAUAUCUGCCAAGCAAAAAAGUUGUCGGCCUUAGUAAACUCGCCAGGAUUGUGGAAAUCUACAGCCGCAGACUUCAAGUUCAAGAGCGUCUGACCAAGCAGAUCGCCAUGGCCAUCUCUGAGGCCCUGCAGCCAGCAGGAGUAGCAGUAGUCAUUGAGGCAGCUCACAUGUGCAUGGUCAUGCGUGGAGUCCAGAAGAUGAACAGCCGCACCGUGACCAGCGCCAUGCUGGGAGUGUUCCGGGAGGAUCCCAAAACCCGGGAGGAGUUCCUGUCCCUGGUCAAGACCUCAUAGUACCACCUCAACCGCGUCCAUCCCAUCCUGCACAUCUCCUCCAACCUGAGCAGCACUUCUACAGAGCAACACUGCACUGUUACACUGUAAACUCAGCUACACUGAGCCACCAGAACCACGCCACACACCACCCGCAUCUCCAGUGGUCCUUCCCCAGAACCCAGAACCUCAGUCAGUGCUCGUGUUUAGGCGAGGAUUUGCAGGUUCCUGAGGAAUCAAACUUGCUAUGGUGCUAUUAGAUUUGUAUUAUUGAGGCUGAGCUUUAGAGCUGGCCACCAUCCAACAAGGCUGCUUUCAAACAGCAGGUUUUUUUUUUUUUUUUACCAAAUCUGAUGCUUAUCUAUUAAUGCGAUCUGAUAUUUGUCUAAACAGUUUAUGCUGUGCAACUGAUGCUCAUGUUCUAAAGAUCUGAACGCUUCACGUGAAGUUUCAGUUUCACUCUUUAGAGAGAAUCACAGGAUCUAUCAGUCACAGAUCCAGUGGCUCACAUUUAGGCUCAUCAUAGAGAAUGCACUUCAGCUUACUGUUUAAAUUGCAUGUUAUUAGGCCACGCCCACUUUUUUUGUUUGCGUCCUAGUUUUUUUUACUUUUUAUUUCCUUAUUUUUAUAUGCUCUGAUAUGGGCAAAAUUUAAAUCAUGAUAUACAUCUCUAGAAAAAUUUAAGAGACCACUUUAGUUUCUGAAUCAGUUUCUCUGACUUUGCUAUUUAUAGGUUUAUGUUUGAGUAAAAUGAACAUUGUUGUUUUAUUCUAUAAACUACAGACAACACUUCUCCCAAAUUCCAAAUAAAAAUAUUGUCAUUUAGAGCAUUUAUAUUAUUUUAUUAACAAAAAAGAUGCAGAGCUUUCAGACCUUAAAUUAUUGCAAAGAAAACAAGACAAACAUAUUCAUAAAGUUUUAAGAGUUCAGAAAUCAAUAUUAGGUGGAAUAACUCUGGUUUUUAAUCACAGUUUUCAUGCAUCUUGGCAUCAUGUUCUCCUCCACCAGUCUUACACACUGCUUUUGGAUAACUUUAUGCUGCUUUACUCCUGGUGCAAAAAAUCAAGCAGUUCAGCUUGGUUUGAUGGCUUGUGAUCAUCCAUCUUGCUCUUGAUUAUAUUCCAGAGGUUUUCAAUUUGGUUAAAUCAAAGAAACUCAUAAUUUGAAGUGGUCACUUAUUUUUUUUUCUACAGCUGUAUUUCUCAAUUUUUGAUUAUCAUGCACUGACUAUGCCAGAUUACAUUCUUUUUUUUUAAUCAUAUAAAUAUUUGUAAUUAAGUGUAUCAAAACUGCUUUUAAAAUACUGCAUGCACAUCAUGAAAUUAUUCAGGGCUAAUUACACUCGAUAUCCAAUGCAAAACAAGCAUCUCUAAAACAGCAAAUGUAUAGGAGAAAGAUAAAACCUUUCAAUCACUUUCAAUGGACGUGAAUGCAAAAAGAGUUUAUUUCAGGUCAUUUUGGAGUAUUUCUAUUUAGGUAAUUUUGGAGUAUUUCUAUUGGUCCAUUCUAAUUAGGUAAGAAAUAAGAAAAUAAGAAAAUGUAUUGAUGCUAUACAUAUAUAAAAUAUCAUCAUAUUCCCCAGCUCUACUCACUGCUGACGCACAUAUUUUCCUUUUUCUCGCUGUAUAAAAGUCGCACAAAUUUCAGUCUGAUUGUUCAGACUCAGACACAAUGCUGCAAAUUAUAUACAUAUAUCGGAUUUUGUAAUAAAAAAGCAUCAGAUUUAGUGUUUAGUGUUUUUACCGUUCUGUCACAUAAAGUAUGACGUGAAAAAUGAGAUUUAGGUGAUUUUAACCUGCUUUGUGAACGUAGCCCUGGUUACAUUUGUAUUUUCAGUGUACUGUAUUGCCUACAGCUGAACCUCAGGGGUCUUCAGUGAUUGUUAAUAAUACCAGUACCACUCUAGCAUAGCAAACCUGCCGGGAGAAUAAUAUCUGAAAAGCUGAAUAUCACAGGCCAUACACCUCAAUUCAUCACCUCAAUCAGAAGUACUGAACUGCAGUACAGUAUAGUAUGGUACAAUACAGUACAGUACAGUACAGUCGAAUCAACCUAGAAUAUGAUUUCAGGUUGAUUAUUAUUACUAUUACUUUUGUCUGCUAUUUACGUUUAUCAUUUUACACAUAGCUUUAUGUAUUUUAUAAUGUUGUCUAAUAUAAAUGCUGCCGUUUAUAAAAUUAUUUGAAUUAUAGCUGCCUUGAAUGACAAACUGACAAAUUAACUAUUAUGCUUUAUUCAUUUUUGUGUCUUUAUAUUAACUGAUCAUGCUUUCUAAUUGCCUACAUGCCUGGUUAAUCGAGGGAUGGUGCUCUUACCUCCUCUGUCUGGUCAAAAAUCAGGGAUGCACUGAAUAUAUUUCGCAAAUAUAAGGCUACAAAUGGCAAAUGUAAGUAAAAUAUUAAAUAAAAAUAUUGAAUCAUUUACACCGGACCAGAGGUAAAAUGUUAGAUUGAUAUUUCAGGGUAUUUUUUGUGACACGAUAACAUUAUUCCUGCUGAUAUGACUAAAAUAUAUUAAAUAUAAUAUAUUAAAGGGGACUACAUAAUUCAAAAUACUGUGGGUCUAUAUCUGCUAUAUAACAAAAGUUCUUUACACAAAAUCACUCAAAUAAAGAGAUUUAUUUACCAAUUUUAGUCCCUUUCAAAAGGAGCCGUUUAAGGGCUCGGACACUUUUAUGCAAAUGAGCUGUUGCUGGCCAUGCCAUGUACUUACACUGAGCGUUAGUAAGUACUAAGCUUAAGUACAGUUAAUUACAAAACAAAUGCAAAAUAUACUGCAUUUUGUAUUUUGUAAUAAUAUAUAUUGCAAUGUUAAGCUGCAGAGACAGACGUAAUUUAGUUGGGAUCCAGACAAAAUAUUCAUUUCUGUGCAUCCCUUAAAGGCAUUCAUUAUGUCAUGAGUGUAUGUCAUCACCACCCUCACAUGUCAGAAUGAUGCAUCGGUGGAAUCUGUAAAUGUAAAUGGAUCAUACAUUCUUGAAGAUAUAUAAAAGACAUAUUAAGGUCUAAAAUAAUUUGCAUUAUUUUGAGUUACACUGUUUAAACUGAAACCAGCAUUUAUCUGAAUGAACAGCCUCGUGCCUUUAACUCACAUGCAUAGAGUCCAUCUAACAGAUCAGCAAACGAGAUGACAAUGACCAAAUGAAGCGAUGCAUAUUUUUAAUAGCGAGUAUAAAUUGUAUAUAUAUAUAUAUAUAUAUAUAUAUUUCACAGUUCCCAGGUCCGUUUCUGUCCUCCGCACAAUUCUGUGAUAAGAAGAAAGUGAUGCACAAAAAACGUGUUUAUUUUAAAUCUGAGCCAUGUUGUUUUUUUUCCUGUGAAAUGUCAAUGUAUGGAAUAUUAUUUACAUAUGCUGUGACUUGUGCAGAGUAUGUAAAUGUAGCAGAUUUUUCUGUAAUGUUCUACUGCCAAUGAAAUAUUGUGUUUUACUAAAUUACAGUUUAGCUAGGUUGUGUUGUUGUAUAAGACCAUGUAAUAUAUUCAAAAUCAUUAAAAGCUCUUAUGAAAUA